AUGUCUGAACAUGUUCAUUUUGGUGAAGUGAAUGUGAUUUUGACAUGGGGGAUGAUUGUUCUAAUAAUGACUCCUCGCUCCCGUGGUUCAUCAGUCCUGGAACAUGCAUCCGAUUUAAUUUAUUUUAUAUCCCCUGACGUUGCGGAAGGAUAUCAUAGAUGCGGGUUUCACUUUACAGGACCCAAGUUUGUAAGGGAGGUACGGGAGAGUUUCAAAUGGUCUUCGCAAAAUAGUUGUGUGGUUUCUUGCUGUUUAGGCGCAAUUACUCCAUCAGAAAGACUGGUCGAAGGUGUGAUUGAAGAGAAUGAUUUCAAUUCGUUGGGAGCAUCACACAACGAACGUUCAACACCGAACUUAAUUCCUACAAUGGAGAGCAACCGCAUCGAAGAAGACGUCUAUUGGACAGAAAGAAGGAAUGUUAUAAGACUUGCUCAUGAAGGAUACGAGGGAGACAAAAAAUUCAUGGAUCAAAGAAUCAACGCAUUAAAGAUAUUUGCCCCAUUAGCUGAAGAUCUGGAAUGUUAUGUUCAUCCAAAAGCUUCAGUCUCGGGACUUUCUCAACAACUGAUUGGAUUUUUCAAUAUUGGGAAUAGAAAGAAUGAGCUUUUACAUAUUGCCCAUGAGGCUCAGAGAUACCAUUCAGGUAUCAGCCCUUUAGCAAAAGAAUUGAAACUAAUGGUAUAUGACUAUAAGAUUGGGAAUCCACUCUAUACCCAUGGUCUCGCACUUGAUAAGAUUAUCAUCACUUCACUUGAAUACUUAGAGCGAGAUAAUUUAGAAUUAUAUGAAAGACUGUGGAUUUUGAGUGUCCUUCAUAUCCUUAAAUCUUUCUUACCAAAAGGGCAGCUCGGAAGAGAUCCAAACACAGGUUCUGUUUGCCGAGGAGGAUUGGAGCUUUUUCUAACGGAAGAAUCUGGAAUACGAGUGUUAAUUUCAACUCCAGGACUUGACUUGAAGCCUAGGGUAAAAGGAAUAUCCAGUCGAGGGAUAGACAUAUUCCCCGUAGAUGAAUCCAUCACGGAAGCCCUCAAGCGAGUUGAGCUAAUUGCGAACAUCAGAAAUUACCUUCAGGACUCUGAAAGGAACCAACAAACACCUACAUUCAUCAGGAUACACAAUGGAUUACUUCAAAAUAAGUCUUUGACCAAAGGAAGGAUUCUUGAGUCAUUGGCAUUGCAAGCUAUGCAUCACUCAAUUUCUAAGACUACUUCAGAAGGAGAAAUCCAAUGUUUGCAUGCGAUAUUACAACAUCUCAGAACUUUUUACCCAGUCACUAAGAAGUUUCUAAUCACAGAAGCUCUGAAGCGCGUUGAGUUGAUUGAGAAAAUCAGAGAUUACCUCCGUAAACCUACCAUAAAUAAUCAAUCAUCGAGAAUCAUUGAAAUAUAUGAUAAAUUGCUUCAAAACAGGUUUUUAACCGACGCAAUAAUUGUACAUUCAUUGACUAUGAAAUGUAUACAGCACAUGGUUUUUGGAACUACUCCAGAUCAAGAGAUACAAUGUCUAUAUCACAUAUUGCAAUAUCUGAGAAGAUUCUAUCCAGCUGCAGAUAAUCUUGUGAAACCUUGGUUAUCACGCAAUAAGCGUUUUAAAGCAAUCCAUCAUAGAUUCCAGGCGCAAGCUGAAUUACAGCCCCAUAUUCAAAACUACCUCAAGAAAGCAGAUAUGGACCCUUACAUUGCAAUCCUUCUUGGGCCUUUUACACACCACAAUCUGGUCGACUUAGAUUACAUCAAAAGGUGUCUACAUGCAUGUCAUCUCCAUGACUAUGAACUGAAAGAGUAUAAAUCAGGAUUUCAUGGUCUAGAUGCUAUAAGACAGCAGAAGUAUUAUGAAGAUCAAGAUUUUUUCAUUGACAUGAUAUAUAAAGCAGGGUUUUACAUCAAAGGACUCCAAGAGUAUCUGAAUAGCAAUGGACAUUAUGAAUUUAUAUCAAAACUGUCACUUGAAAUGGAAAAAGACAAUUCUGAUAAAUGCCCCAUCUGCUUUUCUGAAUUCUUUGAGGGACAAAGAGUUGUCAAAUUGACGUGCCGCCAAAUGCUUCAUGGGAAUUGUAUGGAUCUGACAAGGUCCGAUGUCCCACAUGUCGCAGGGGUAUUACAAUACCACUUUCUCAAAAUCAGUUCACCUUCUGGGGGUCACUGGGACCCCCUGACCAGAUUUUGUGAUAUUAAGAUGCUCAUAUGUAGGAACAGGUUCCUCCCCAAUGUUUACUUUGACGCAUCAAAAACACAAGGCUUGCCUUAA